AAUUUCGUGAUUCAAACGGACUGGGCCUAGGCACGGAAAUAAAACUAACCCCGAGUACCCUCCUCCUCUGUCCGCAUGCGACUCCCCUCCUCGACGCCGAAACCCUAGCCGCGUGCACCGGCGGGAGGUCCAGGAUCCAGGGAAGUCGGCACAGGUCUCCGGACUAGGGCGGACUAGCCUCGCACCGCCAGGGCGGCAGGAGGGCAGUCGACAGGGUCUGAGCGGUGGGCACCAAACCUCCACAGUCUCGCAGAGAUAGAGACAGAGACUAAGACCGAUUAAGGACUGUCCGAGAGUGGAACAUGAAGAUGGAUGAUUGUUAGUCACAUUCGUAUCUGUAUCUUCAAAGCAAGUGAAGAUGAUCAGAUUUAUGGCCAUGAGAAGACAUAAUCCUGAUAAGAAGUAGUAUUGUAGUGUAAUCUUCUUUGAACUACUGUAGAUGUGUAAACUUCUUCAAGGCAAAUUUCCGAUGUGAUUGUUUGCUUUAAUUUUUUUUAAGACACCUUAUUGAUGUAUCAUUUUGCGCUUUUGGCAAAUUCUAUACUUGUAUAGCUUGGCAUAUUACAUUUGUGUUGUUAAAAAAGUUUAUGCCAAGUUGGACCACCCCAACUCAAAACCCUGGAUGUGCCUCCAGGCUCCAGGUCUCCUUCCGGCACCCCAAGUGCCAACCCAAGGGAUACCAUGGAGAUGAGACCUGAUGAAAGAUUUGCAGUUCUGAGGAGCAUUGGGGAGGAGUGCAUUUAUGAGGAUGGGCUAUGCCUAAUGCUAAAGAAGAAGCUCGAUCCCAUCUGUUAUGUUUGGUUUGAGCCAUCCCCAAUUAUGGACAUAGAGCAGGGUAUAUUGAAGACGAUAUAUGUCAAUAAAAUGGUUACAGCAGGUUGUACAGUUAAAAUACUGAUGGCAGAUUGGUUUCUGCAGCGGCACCCUAGGAUUGGUAAUGACCUAAAUAAAAUACGGGCCAUUGGCUGCUAUAAUAUUGCGAUGUGGGAAGCAGCUGGCAUGUACCUAGACAAAGUAGAUAUCAAAUGGUUGUCAGACGAACUGAAUCAUCGUGCGCUUGAUUACUGGCCACUUGCUAUGGAUGUCUCAAGAAAAUACACCAUGAAGAGAAUGGCAAGUUAUUCUUCUUAUAUGGCACCAUAUGGGCCAGAAAGGCUGCCUGCUGCUGAGAUAAUUUACCCCUGUAUGCAAGUUGCUGCUGUUUUAUGCCAGAAGGCAGAUGUAUGGCUAUUCAGCAUGGAUCAGCGAAAUACCAUCAUGCUAGCUAGAGAUUAUUGUGAUGACAUAUUUAAGGAGAAUAAACCAACUAUUUUGCUGCACCGUGUGCUACCUAAUUUACUAGAAGAUCCUGACUUCCAGGAUGAGAGAGAUCCAGGACGGACCAUCUUCAUGUUAGAUGAGGAGGAUGAUGUAAAUGAAAAAAUAAGUAGCGCUUUCUGCCCUCCGAGAGUAGCAGUAUACAACCCAUGUUUGGAGUACAUAAAGUCUGUUGCCUUCCCAUGGUUUGGAAACUUGGAGGUUGUUCAGAAGGAAGGGAAUGGUAGUAACAAGAUAUUUUCAAGCAUGGAGGAACUUAUUGUUGAUUACGAAAGUGGAGAUCUUGAUUCUACUGAUGUUAAGUUGGCUCUCCAAAAAGCAAUAAACAACAUAUUAGAGCUUGUCGGCGAGUUCUUCCGUAGCAGCACUGAAGCUCAAGCUCUAAUUACUGCCCCCAAGUUUCAGGAUCAAAUUACUGCAGACAUACGGAAAAUUCAGAUGCAGAACAAAGAGUUUGCCAGUCUUUGAUACUACUGCUCCACCAGUGAGGAAAAAUGCUAUAUACUGCAGGCAAAGUAAGGGCUCCUUUGGUAGCCGGCUAUGCCUUCUCUGACUUGCGGGAACCUUCAUUUGUAGGAGCUAUUUAUGCCGUAGUAAAUAAUAUUCCCUAAAGCUUCAGUCGUUUUGGGAGCAGAAGCCCUCCCAGAUGGUCUAGUGCAAGCAUCUUGAACUCUUUGGGUAUUACUUCUCCAAACACAUGAGAUGUAGAAUGUUCAGUAUGUAAAUUAUUUACUAUAUUAUUAUUAGGCUGAAUAUGUAACGUAAAUUAUUAUUUGCUACUCCAUCUAUCCCAAAAUAUAAGGAUUUUGAAGUU